UGAUGCGGAAUGCUCCGCGCGGAGAGGUAAAGCCUUUCGUCCCUCCUCCCUCCAUCCCUCCCUCCCCUCCAACCGCACCGGACCCGACUGCUUUUGGACCACCUUAGUCCUUCCACUUCUUGUUCUUCAUCAUCUUCUUCUGUUCCCCGGCGCAGGAGGCUGCGGAGUGAAACGGGAGCGAGAGGAAGGCAGCAAGACGCUGCAGUCAAGCGACAACAACUUGCGGCGUAGCUGCAGAAAGAAAAGGUCAGAUUGCAUAAUUACCCGGCAUAUCCUAGCCCCCUUGGAACUCGCCCGGACAUGGACUUCCCCGACGAGCUCCUUCUGGCCGAGUUGAGUCACCUGCAGCUGUACAACGACUCGUUCUUCCAGAACAACUUCAGCAGCGCCUACAAUGAGACCGACGCCCUGCUGCCGACGGGAGUGAGGGUCACCAUCGUGGUGGCCUACAUGAUCGUUUGUGUCAUCGGCCUGGUGGGGAACUUCCUGGUCAUGUACGUCAUUAUAAGGUACACGAAGAUGAAGACGGCUACCAACAUCUACAUCUUCAAUCUGGCUCUGGCUGACUCUUUAUUCCUUGCCACUUUACCAUUCCAGGGUACCGACGUGUUUCUGGGCUUCUGGCCGUUUGGCAACGCCUUGUGCAAAGCGGUCGUAUCCAUCGACUAUUACAACAUGUUCACCAGCACCUUCACGCUGACAGUGAUGAGCAUGGACAGGUACGUGGCGGUCUGCCACCCCGUCAAAGCUCUGGACAUGAGGACACCUCACAAGGCCAAGGUGGUGAAUAUCUGUGUGUGGGUGUUGGCGUCAGCCUUUGGAGUUCCGGCCAUGGUAAUGGGCAACGUUGAGGAGGAGCAAGAACAUAAUAGCGUCGAAUGCAUCGUGGUCCUCCCUGAGCCGCGAAGUCACUGGGAUCCCGUCUUUGGCACUUGCGUGUUCCUCUUCUCCUUCCUUAUCCCCGUGGCCAUCAUCAGCGUUUGCUACAGCCUGAUGGUCAAGCGCCUUCGCAGCGUCCGUAUCCUGUCGGGCUCGAAGGAGAAGGACCGCAACCUGCGACGCAUCACCAGGAUGGUUCUGGUGGUGGUGGCCGUGUUUGUGGUGUGCUGGACUCCCAUCCAGAUCAUGGUCCUGGCCCAGUCGUUGGGCUUCAACCUGAGCAGCUUGUCCACCUUGGUCCUGAUGCACUUCUGCAUUGCUCUGGGCUACGUCAACAGUAGCCUCAACCCCGUUCUCUACGCCUUCCUGGAUGAGAACUUCAAGCGCUGCUUCCGUGAGUUCUGCCAACCUUCUCCGUUCCGUCUCGACACCCAGCAAUCGGGCCGCAUGAGGAGCAUCGCCCGGGAGGUGGCGGCCGCUUACAGCUGCAAGGCCGACGGCGGGGGACCCGGCGGUGGGACUCCCAAUCCCGCGUGACUAGGCGUGGAGUUGCCCCUGGUGGGGGUGGAUCCCCCGCAGAGGGGAGAGAUGCCAGGGACGGGGAACUCCAACACAGAACUGACUCAGAUCACAGCGCUCUAGCGGCGCGAGCCCCCCCGCCCCCCAACUAUACGACUGGCCUGGGGUGGGGGGGAGUCUGACGAGGAUGAUGGUACGGAAGGAAAAAGAAUCUGAGAACUCCAGUUUGCCAGUCUGUACGACUGGAAAACCGGACGGGGUGGUAAAAACGAGAAUGGAAUCGACUGUCUGGCUGAUAAACCCUAGAUGAGGUUUACUUUUAAAACCAAUUCCCUUGCCAACAAGACCCACUGAUUGCGCGUCUCGUCAUCCAGACAAAGACUGGACCUGUAAGACGUUCAAACCACUAAUUUGGUGCUUUUAAGAAGAUUGUAUAUUGACAGAAUUGCUUUGGGCUUGUGAAAGGAAGGAUGAACAUGAUGGUUUAUUGUAUCUUUUGAGGUCAUUGUAUCAGGCCAUCGGGAUGUAUAAAUUCCCUUUCCUUAAUCACGAAUGGGUCCACUAGAGUCAUGUGAUGAAGCCUUAAACUGAGAUUUUCAAUUGGUGGUUGUGAAUAUAUGCGUGCAUGUCAUAAGAUUUGAUUUCUCAAGACCUGUGCUGGGUCGUAUGAACGUGAUUUUGCUUAGACGUUGAAGCAACUCCUAUGCUGCAUUCCAGAAAACUGGGAAUUUCAAGGUUUCAAAUCUCCCUCUAGGAAAAGUGCAAUGAAACACUGAUAGAAAACCAAAGUGGGGGAAUUGAUUGAAAUGUAAUGUAAAAAGCUACGUAACCUCGUUGUUUGUUUCAAUUGCUUCUACUUGAUAUUGUUAUUAAUAGCAACCUGUCCAGCACGGAAUUUGGUGUUAAGAUAAGUUGCUGUAUUCUUUCUGCAUGCGGUCAUUUGGUAAAGUAUAUAGAUAUUAAAAAAAAAAAAACCAUGUUACUCAGUUUUGUGCUCUCUGUUGUUGCCUUUUGUUCAUAUGUACUUUUGGAAUCCUUGUUUCUGCAAUGCAGCAUAAGCCUGUACAAGCAUGGCGCUUGUAACUGAACUCACAAUUUGGCUCUUUUUUGUCACAAGAGGCAUGAGUGAUACAAGAUCAGCAUCCUCGCAGGUGCUUUGUGAAUGGAGGUGCCGUGUUGCGGUUCGACAGGUCAAGGGUCACUUUUGAGGGUUGGGGUCUGGUUGAAGAGCAACCAGAGAGGGGGAUCGCCAUGCUCCGAUCCCACUCCAAGGGGACUAAGGGGCUCACUGUCACUUUUCUCAGUGUCUUAAAGCUGACAUUAACCCUGAAACAGAAACCACAAGUUGUCAUUGUGAUGCUGCACAUUUUCAGUAGAUUUAUAUAUCGACCCUCCUUUCUUUUCAUACUGAUUAGGGCUUUAGUGCGAGAGGUGAGCUGCACCUUCCGCAGAUGUGUUUUCAGUAUUCAUGUAUAAUCACCUUUUUAAUCAUGCUAAUGCUUUCAGCCACUUGAUAGCCUACAGGGCUGAUUGAUUGACAGAUGUGAUGUAAGAAAAUGUUCCCAAGUACUUGUUGUAUUGAAUCACUGUCACGUCUCUAAGGCUGGAAACCCCUCAACCAAUUUCAAUUGACUGCCAUCCGAUUUCAAAUCUAUUUGUGCGUAUGUUUCAAGUGACACAUUCAAUCUUUUUUCAUGUUUAUAGAGCACAUGCGAUUACUGACGUGCUCAGAUGCCCAAUGUUCAAAUUUACAGCAGUUAUUUUAUUUCUAUUUGUGUUGUUUGGACACACAAAGGUGAAAGUGUCCUCAGAACUGUCAGUUUACGCUGCACUCGUAUUGAUUGGCACAUAGCUGAUAUGUGUCAAAUCUAUACAUACAUCUAGUUUUGAAUCGAGCAUAUCAUAAAUGUGAUACAUCUGAAUUUUGGAGCAAACCAUGGAAAUUGUGUCACAACCAGCCCAGGAGACAGACAGACAUUAGCUUGAGACAGACACAAUAGGAUGCAGUCUAACAAUUAAUUAUUCCCAAUCCCCAGAUGACUAAACCCUUGGUAAACAUCGUAUUGAUUUAAGAAAAAUGAUUUUAAAUAAUUGAUGGUUUAGGUUUAAACUUGCACAAGUCUGUCUCAAGGUUAACAUCUCCUUUCAUCUGUACUUGUGUCACCUGUUGUUCCUCUUGUCGUGUUUGAUGCAUUUAUUUAUUUAUUUAUUGCAUUGAUUUUGGAGAGGAGCAUACACUUGCCUUAAGUAUUGGAAUACCGAAAAUGUUGUUUUAAUGCUGUUAGUUUAAAUUAUUCUGUAGACUAAAAAAUCAAUAGGAUAGUGGAGAAAAAAAGUCAUGUUCUGAAGUCAAAGUUCAAACAUAGAUCUUAUAGAACAUACUGUUGGGAGGAGUCUUUUUCCGAGUGUAUCACACUGGCUCAUGGAGGAAUCCCACGCGGUUGCAGGGAUGAGCAGCAUCCAUCGGUGUCGCCGUGGCAACAGUCAGGACUCAGUGGACACAAUAGUGUGUUAAGCUUUCAUAAAAAAAAAAUUGAAAAGAUAUUUUUAUUAAAAAAAACAAAACAAAGAUGGACAGAAACAUCACUGAGUUAAAGUUGGUGUGUUUUGGCUGACUCAUUCUUUUGCAUGAAACUCCAGGUAACCAUGGCAACAAUGCAGUUCUACCACUGGAUGAAAAUGUGUAUUAAACCAUCCACAGCCAUACGCCUGAUUAAAAACUUGAAGGUGAUCGCAUAACACAAAAAUAUAAUCUGACAAUAGUGGUGUGGCAUUUUUCAAAGUGUUCUUUAUCCUUGAAGGUCACUGUUCUGUAGCAUAAUGUUCUUUUUGUUGUUGUUGUCGUUGUUGUGCAAAAAAAGCUAAAGAGAACAAUGAUACCAAGAGGGUGCACACACUGCCUCGUCAGAGUGAGUGCGCAUUUAACUGCCUGUUCAAUCCUUGUAGAUAUUUCGUACCAGCUGUGUAAAAGUAUUAACCAUCAUUUACCUCUGAUUUCUUGUUUCUCUGUGUUCUCAGUGUGUAGAAGAAAAAAAAAUGAAAUAUAUGUAUAGUGUAUAUAUAUGCCUCUCCGAGGAGGAUGGGGCAUUUAAGUGCACCUGAUUCCUCUCAUCCGUUUACAUUUUGCAGACCACGUGAAUGUUGAGCCAAUAACUGUUGAAAAUCCAAAUGUAAGAAAAACAUAUAAUGUUGAUGUUGCUAUUUGACAAUUGCUCUGAAAAUGUUGUGUUGCUUCUGCUGUGUUUUUGUUGUGCAGGAGAAGUGGUAUAGGUUUAGAUCUCAUCGGAUUGGAGAAAUGACAGUAAAAGGGUUUUUAGGGCUCAAGCUUUUAAAGCUAUCCCUGCGUGAAACCUCAUGUGUCAAAGCUGUUUGUGUCACAUGAACUCCAGGCACAGAAAGGUGGCUACUCAAUGCUAGCUGAUUCUUAAUCAAAAACAUGGAGAAUUUAUUUGCUGAAGCUUAAACUGUAUACUGUAUAUAUUUUUUGCA